UCAGCCUUUGUUUUUCUUGCCAGAUUUUUUUUCUUCCUUCUUUUAUUUCCCAAAAAAACAUGGUGAAUAUUGCGGAUUCGAAAUCAGGAAUCAACAUGGAGAUAACAAUGGCGAUUUCCGGCUUCUCUCCGGCGGCGGCGCCGCCGGGCACCUACAUCAGCAUCCCGAAGAAGAAGCUUCUCCAGAACAACAACCUCGAUAUCAGUUCCAGUAAUUCAAGAACCAACACGUGGGUCGAUUCCAUGAGAGCUUCUUCUCCAACCCGCAUCAAAUCCUCCCCUUUCUCCGACGAUCAAAACUCCUGGAUGGUGCAACAUCCGUCUGCACUGAACGUGUUCGACGAAAUAACAAGCGCGUCAAAAGGGAAGCAGAUAGUCAUGUUUCUGGACUACGACGGCACACUCUCUCCCAUUGUUGACGAUCCAGACAGAGCCUUCAUGUCUGAUGCGAUGAGAGCAACAGUGAGAAAACUCGCUAGGUAUUUUCCUACAGCUAUAGUCAGUGGGAGGUGCAGGGACAAGGUGUAUAGUUUUGUGCGUUUGGCUGAGCUGUAUUAUGCUGGUAGCCAUGGCAUGGAUAUUAAAGGCCCAUCCAAAGGUUCCAAAUAUACCAAAGGUAGUCAAGCUGUUCUUUUCCAGCCAGCCAGUGAGUUUCUUCCCAUGAUUGAUGAGGUUUAUAAAGCACUAUUGGAGGUGACAAAAUCAACUCCAGGUUCAAGAGUGGAGAACAACAAAUUCUGUGUGUCUGUACAUUUCCGCUGUGUUGAUGAGAAGCGAUGGAAUGAACUGGCGAGGCAAGUCGGAUCCGUUUUAGAAGGUUAUCCGGAUCUUCGAUUGACCCAAGGAAGAAAGGUGUUAGAAAUUCGCCCGACUAUUAAAUGGGACAAAGGGAAGGCUCUUGAGUUUUUGUUAGAGUCACUUGGGUAUGCGAAUUGUACCGAUGUAUUCCCCGUUUACAUCGGUGAUGAUCGAACGGAUGAAGAUGCUUUUAAGGUGCUAAGAGAGAGGGGUCAAGGUUUCGGGAUUCUUGUUUCGAAGGCUCCAAAAGAAACCAAUGCCUCUUAUUCUCUGCAAGAACCGUCCGAGGUUAUGGCGUUCUUGAGGCGUUUGGUGAGUUGGAAAAAAAUGUCGUUAAGACGACAGUUCAGAAUGAGAAGAAGAGUUGAAGAGAUCAAAAUGUCUUUGCCACAUUGAGAGGUGUUUUUUUUUUUUUUAUUAUAUAUACAUAUAUAGUGAUAUAUCUAUUAUAUAGAGACAUAUAUAAUUAUGUGUGUAUUUCUUGCAAGGACCAAAAGUGGGUUCUAUGCAAGUAUGAAGUUUCAAAUUGAAAUUUAGGGAAGAUGGAGGACCUUGUACGACUUUUUAUUUGUAAUUAAAGCCUGUACAAGGGGUCACUUUGUAAUAUAUAUAUAUAUAUUAUAUAGUGCCCACAUUUAAGUAAAUAAAAUAGUUUUUUUCUCUCUUU